CGACAAGUUAAUUAAAGAGCGCCAAUAAAUGAAAUUUGAAGCACAAAUACAAUUUGCUGUUACUUUAAUAAUUAUCUGGACAAUCUGGCAAGUAACAGGACACCAGGAAACAGUCCAUUGCACUUUCAGGGGACAACUAAAGUUGUCUGUUGUUGGCUGUGACUAGGGGUGCUGUGAGGCGAGAGUGGGGCUCAGUCAGUGUGGCCAGGAAGAGGCCAGUGUUGCAGGCAGUGUUGAUUCACAGAGACGUGCCCAGCGUGGUUAAACCAUGCUCACUAAGUGGGAGAACGCCUCUGCCCAGGAAACAAGAUGAAGGUGGAGGAGAGGAAGAGCUCCUCUUCAGGCGACAUUCUCUCUGCUGACGUUCCUAAGCUCCUCACGCUGGUUGGCCUCCUCCUGCAACUCCUUACAGAGCAUACUAAGGCAUUAAGGCACCAAUGCAAAGAAUUUGGACUCAUUAAGUCGGCAUCAAAGGGACCGUUAACAAGAGGGCCACAGCAGAUAAUGGCCACUCCUACUGAAAGCCUUGCUGUGAUGUUGAACUCGGGCGAGGUGUCAGGGGUCAACGUGACCAGCCAAACCCAGGUGGUGAGGGGCAUCGUGGGCAAAGAGGCCCUCCUGUCCGUCAGCUACACCAGCAGCAGCACAGACAAGCCGGUCAUCAAGUGGCAGCUGAAGAGGGACAAAGUCAAACCCGUCACCGUGGUGCAAUCCAUCGGUACCGAUAUCAUUGGGAACCUUCGGCCGGAGUACCGCAACCGCAUCCUGGUGCUCGAGAACGGCUCGCUGCUGCUUCACAACCUGCAGCUGUCGGACGAAGGGGCCUACGAAGUGGAGAUCUCCAUCACGGAUGACACCUUCACAGGGGAGCACUACAUUGAGCUGACGGUGGAUGUCCCCGUCUCCAAGCCAUACAUCCAGAUGGUGGCGUCGUCUGUCCUUGAGUACAGCGAGCACUUCCACUUGCACUGCUCCCACGACAAUGGCACCAAGCCCGUGUACUCUUGGCUGAAGGGAGGCAAGGUGCAGACCAACGACUCUCGCCUGCUGCUCUCGCACGACCAGAAGGUGCUGACCAUCUCGCGCGUCCUCAUGUCGGACGAUGACGUCUACACUUGCACGGUGGAGAACCCCAUCAGCAGCAUGAGAAGCACCCCCGUCAGGCUCACCGUCUACAGACGGAGCUCGCUGUACAUCAUCCUGUCCACCGGGGGCAUAUUCCUCCUCAUCACCCUGGUGACUGUGUGUGCCUGUUGGAAGCCUUCCAAAAAGAAGCAUAGGCCCGUCCCCCAGAGGGCUCCCAUCUAUAUGGAGCAGACUGAAAAUGGCCACGAUGUCGAUGUCGUACCAAAACCAAGCACGCUCGGUCGAAGGAGCCCCAUGCCCCUCUAUGUACUCAACGAAGAUGAGACUCUGGAGCGUUUGGAAGAAAGUUCUAGCAAUGCUUUCAGCCAAUCAGAAAUCAGUAUCCCAGCCACCUACAUCCCGGUCCUCCCCCCUCACGCCCACAGAACUGAGCAGCCAAUCUGGACCACCCCGCGCAGGUAUUCCCGCAGCCCCUCCCCACUGGCGCAGCUCCUCCCACAAGCAGCGCCCCCCGCGGGUCCUCCCCACACGCCCGUCCGCUCGCCGGCCCACUCCCCCUGCUCGUCCCCACGCAGCUUCAGCCCCAUCAGAAAGGUCCGGCCCCCGGUCGGAAUCCCCAACAUCCGCCUGCCCGUGGAGGCUGAGAGUCCCACCCCCAGCGAGAAGACACAGGGUCCUCCCCAGCAGUGACGGCGUGUUGUUGAUCAUGUGUGCUGUAUGUUUCCAAGGAGGAUGAUGCAUGCACAGGGCAAAGGAUGCUAAAGUUUGCACCAUCGAGUCCUCCAUCGCCACCAGCAAUACUUGUGUAGCCUCUUGAUGACAUCCUGUAAUGUAAAAGUCAUAGGUUACAUGUACUAUGCAGAGCUCUGGUAUCAAUUGUUUUCCUUUUGGAUGUAUUAUUAAUUCGCUGGGAACUUCUGGUAAGUAGUUUAGGGAUUUCCAUUUGUUCUGUGUUAUCUUUUAAAACCUCAAAGUGGUCUUAUUGUAUAACUACAAAAUAAA